UAACACGCAGGUGUCAGCAGAGAGGGAGAUAAAGACAGCGGCUGCUAUCAAGAAGCCGAUUAUAUACUCAAACAUCUGCGGGUUUCAUCCCGUUCUUUAUGUAAUAACUAACGCGUGAUUAGAUGACAAGACAACCCGCGCGCUCAUUCUGAGGAGGUUUCGCCAGCGCGCGAGAUGUUAUAUGUAUGGAAAGUUGAUACAGGGGAAUAAUAUUGACAAUAAUUGCACUUAUUCCCAGAGGAGCUUUCCAAGGGCGGAUGCAUUACGCAGUGAGGAACGUCUGGAUUCUCCUUGGAAGUUUUUGGAUCACGCGAGAGUCCGAUUGUACUGGUACAAAAGGAUUCUGUAUUUGGGAAAGUGUGAUGUCUUCAUUCUGUAUUUGAGAUUCUGCUCAAUUUAUCUGCCAAAUUAGUCAUCAACCUGAACCUGCAUUAACAUCAGAUCUGACAUGGACGGUGAAUACGGACAGCCUCCGGCUUCAAAUGGUGACUCGAAGCUCCGCUCCAGAGGUGCCUUCUCCCUAACCAACUGGCGUUCCUCUUCGAGGACUUUAUUGCAAGGAGGAGAGGAUGUGAGCAGAAGGCUGCUGUCCAUUGCGAACCACCAACAGGAACGGACAGACUCGGGGGCCAGUCCCACGUCAAAGUCCCUUGAGGUGACUGCAGGGUUAGAUGGCACAACAGCAACGACCACCGUGACCCCCUCCACUCCACCUCGCCCCAACAAAGCCAUGGCAGAGUCAGCGGGGCCUUCGGAAGCCCCUCUGCCAUCCGAAUCAGAGGAAAGGGUCUUCGAUGACCAAUCCACAUUCCUCCAGAGACAGUUCGGAGGCAUGCUGCUGCCAGGGGUCAACAAGUUCUCGCUGCGGAUGUUUGGGAGUGCGAAGGGUGUCGCUGCCGAGCAAGAAAGGAUCAAGGCAUUUGGGGUGUGGAUUAUACAUCCAUAUAGUGACUUCAGGUUCUAUUGGGACUUGGUUAUGCUUUGCCUGAUGAUGGGCAACCUCAUCAUUCUUCCAUGGGGUAUCACCUUCUUUGAGGAUCAGAACACGCCGCCGUGGAUCACCUUCAACGUGGCCUCUGACACCCUCUUCCUGGCUGACCUCAUCUUCAACUUUCGUACCGGCAUAAUGGAAGAAGAAAACUCCCAAAUCAUCCUGGACCCGCAAGUGAUCAGUCGGCGUUACCUGCGAGGCUGGUUUACGAUAGACUUCAUCUCCUCUAUUCCGGUGGACUACAUCUUCCUGGUGGUGGAUAUAGAGUCCCGGCUUGAGUCGGCAGAGGUGUACCGCACCGCCAGGGCACUGCGUAUCGUCCGCUUCACCAAGAUCCUCAGCCUGCUCAGAUUGUUGCGCUUGUCCAGAUUAAUACGUUACAUUCAUCAGUGGGAAGAGAUCUUCCAUAUGACCUAUGACCUAGCAAGCGCAGUGGUUCGCAUAGUGAAUCUGAUUGGAAUGAUGCUGCUGCUGUGUCACUGGGAUGGCUGCAUGCAGUUCAUGGUGCCCAUGUUGCAAGACUUCCCAGCAAACUGCUGGGUCUCCAAAAACAACAUGGUGAAUUCCACUUGGGACGUCCAAUACUCCUAUGCCCUUUUUAUGUCCAUGAGCCACAUGCUGUGUAUUGGGUAUGGUGCUCAGGCUCCUGAUGGACCAACUGACGUCUGGCUCACGAUGAUCAGCAUGAUUAUUGGCGCCACCUGCUACGCCAUGUUCUUGGGCAAUGCCACCAACCUGGUCCAGUCCUUGGAUGCUUCCCAUCGUCAGUAUCAAGAGAAGUAUAAGCAGGUGGAACAGUACAUGUCCUUCCACAAGCUGCCAGCUGACAUGAGGCAGAGGAUCCAUGAUUAUUAUGAGCACCGCUUCCAGGGCAAGAUGUUUGAUGAGGAAAAUAUCCUCGGAGAACUCAGUGACCCGCUAAAAGAGGAGAUAGUGAACUUUAACUGCCGUGGGCUGGUAGCUAACAUGCCACUGUUCGCAAAUGCAGAUCCUCACUUUGUCACAGUGCUCCUCACAAAGUUACGCUUCGAGGUCUUUCAGCCGGGCGAUAUGGUCAUCCGUGAAGGGACGCUCGGUCGUAAAAUGUACUUCAUCCAGCAUGGCUGUGUCAGUGUAAUCACUCAUGACAAUAAAGAGAAGAGACUGAAUGAUGGCUGCUACUUCGGUGAGAUAUGUCUACUGACCCGUGGCCGUCGUACAGCCAGCGUCAGAGCCGAAACAUACUGCAGACUUUACUCGCUCAGUGUGGACAGCUUUAAUGAGGUUUUAGAGGAGAACCCAUUAAUGAGGAGGGCGUUUGAGAGCGUGGCGGUGGACCGGCUGGACCGUGAGGGAAACCGCAUUGUGUAUUCACAAAAGAGCAUGGAGAAUGUUGGGGAAUGACGGAUUCUUUGCGUGAACUCUCUCUUGAUGAAUUCUGACUGACCGAAGACUCACUGAAGAUGGAUGAAUGUAGAAAAAAACAUGGAGGAAAGUGUUACAGUGUCCACAUAAUUGACAUUAAUGACAAUGUACAGUUGCAGUAUGGUGUGAUUAAUCUACUUAAAAUAGUUAUUUCCUAUUCUUACUUUGACAAUGCAAUGUAAAAAUUAUCAAUAUCAGUCCUGUAGUUCUAAUCAUGUUUAGCUGACUAUUGAUAUACUGGAUCUAUGUAAUUCAUUUUCAGUCAGAACCCAUUAGUUUAGCAGGAACCUUGAUCAAUGUGAUGAUAAAUCAAUAUGCAACAAUAUAUUGUAAUUCAAUUUAAUUAACAAUACAAUGAAAUGAGGAUAGCAUAAAACAUAAUCUAACAUUACAACUGUUUAUUUA